UUAGGCGUCCCGGGGCUCUAUAAGACUGGGAGAGCUGUCUAGGGCUAGUUACGCUCAGAUCCGUGCAGACACUCAGCAGCCACAUUUCCGCUGUGUGCCAGCGCGUCCUCGCCAGCACCAGUCCCCUACAGCGCAGCAACCCGGCCCCAGCAUGACCGACCAGGCGGCCUUCGACACGAAUAUCGUCACCCUGACCCGCUUUGUCAUGGAGGAGGGCAGGAAGGCCCGCGGCACGGGCGAGAUGACCCAGCUGCUCAACUCGCUCUGCACCGCGGUCAAAGCCAUCUCCACAGCUGUGCGCAAGGCGGGCAUCGCAAACCUCUAUGGAAUUGCUGGCUCUACCAAUGUGACAGGUGAUCAAGUGAAGAAGCUGGAUGUCCUCUCUAAUGACCUGGUCGUUAACGUGUUACAGUCAUCCUUUGCAACCUGUGUUCUUGUCUCAGAAGAAAACAAGCAAGCCAUAAUAGUAGAACCUGAGAAAAGGGGUAAAUAUGUGGUCUGUUUUGAUCCCCUUGAUGGAUCCUCCAACAUCGAUUGCCUUGUGUCCAUUGGAACCAUUUUUGGCAUCUACAGAAAGAACUCUACUGAUGAGCCUUCUGAGAAGGAUGCUCUUCAGCCAGGACGGAACCUAGUGGCCGCUGGCUAUGCACUGUAUGGCAGUGCUACCAUGUUGGUCCUGGCCAUGGCAUGUGGUGUCAACUGCUUCAUGCUGGAUCCGGCCAUUGGAGAGUUCAUUUUGGUGGACAAGGAUGUGAAGAUCAAGAAGAAAGGGAACAUCUACAGCCUCAAUGAAGGUUAUGCUAAGGAUUUUGACCCUGUUGUCACUGAAUAUGUACAGAGGAAGAAGUUUCCACCAGAUAACUCAGCGCCCUAUGGCUCCAGGUACGUGGGUUCCAUGGUGGCUGAUGUUCACCGCACCCUGGUCUAUGGUGGGAUCUUUCUGUACCCAGCUAACAAGAAGAGCCCCAAAGGAAAGUUGAGACUACUCUAUGAAUGUAACCCAAUGGCCUACAUCAUGGAGAAGGCAGGAGGAUUGGCUACAACUGGAAAGGAAGCUAUACUGGACAUCGUUCCCACUGACAUCCACCAGAGGGCGCCAGUCAUCUUAGGGUCCCCUGAAGAUGUGACCGAGUUCUUGGAGAUAUAUAAGAAGCACGCUGCCAAAUGAAGAGCUGACUUUUCCCACAUCAAAAAAGAUUGCCUUUUAUCUGGGCUUUUAUCUCACAUGGCACUACCCCAUUCUGACUGCAUUAUACAGUCCUAGACAGCAGAAAUAAAAAGCACAGCUAUCUUUACCAUCAAAUGCUGUAAUAAUGCCUGGUGCUGCCUAACCAAAAUGCUAUCUAUAUAAUGCCACUGAUGGUUAAGAUAUAUUUUGAGUGGAAAGAGGAAAAAUAAACAUAUUUUUCCUUUUUCUAAAAAUAGUCUUCAUUGCUUUGUGUCAAAUAAUAGUAAUAGUAGUAAUAACAGUUAAUGCAUAUAACAUUAGGUAACUCAUUUAAUCUUCACAGUAACCUUAUGAAUUAGGUGCUAUGAAGAACUUAUUUCACCAUUACAUCAUGAUGAAAUGGAAGACAGAAUUGGGUAAUCUGCCCAAGAUCUCCAGCCAAUGAACAACAGAGGUCUGAUGUGAUCCCAGGCAAUUUGGCCACUAAACUCAAAGUUAGCCUAUUGCUUCUCCUAUGUAUUGUCUGUUCAGAUCUGGGUGUGCAGAAUGAACCUGAGCAAAGCUGUUUAUGCUUGGGAGCUGGAGAGGUGAUAAGUUAGUGGUGGUGCCUGCAUAUAGCCUCUUGGCUUCAAUAUGUCGGUAUAAUGAUCUGAAUUACAAAUGAAAGUUUACAUUAUUACUCAAUGGUGACUUUUAAAAAUAAAAACAACACUUUAUUGAA